CUUGAUAUUCCCCUCUUCAUCAUUUGCCGCGAGAACUCGGCGUCGCGCCCCCCAGGGAACUCCACAGAGCCUGACUCCGUCAGUCGGCUCCUACGCCAUCAGUGAUUCUAACGCACUCUUUUCGUCUCUCAGCUCUUCUCUAUACGCUUAUAAGCUAGGAGUCGGGAAAGAAGACGCAUACAUACCUGGGAGAGCGGCGAGAGUAAGGCUUGGGAAUGCUUCACAGUACGCGCUCGGUGUUGUCACCUCACAACAGCUUCUUCGCUCCUUCUUUUUGCUCCCGCAAGACUUCUUCGUUCUCAUUGGGGUGUCGUCGUCUUCCUUUCUGUUCUUUUAAGAUAAAACAGCAUCACCCGCCGCUCUUCAUGAACCUUCCUCCACAGGCAUCACCUGGUGAUCUUUCUAUCAGGACCGAUGAACUCCCUGUCCAUGGACCCUCUGAAAUUAUUGUUGGGGUUCUGGGGGGUGGUCAGCUUGGUCGAAUGCUGUGCCAAGCUGCUUCUAAGAUGGCCAUUAAAGUCAUGGUUCUAGAUCCCCAGGAGAACUGCCCUGCAAGUUCACUUUCUUUUGAUCAUAUGGUUGGAAGCUUUGAUGACAGUGCUACAGUUGAGGAAUUUGCGAAGAGAUGUGGGGUAUUGACUUUUGAAAUUGAACAUGUCGAUGUUGCUACAUUGGAGAAGCUUGAACAGCAUGGAGUUGACUGCCAACCCAAAGCCUCUACUGUACGAAUCAUCCAGGAUAAGUAUCUGCAAAAGGUGCAUUUUUCAAGGCAUGACAUUCCACUUCCCGAGUUUAUACAGAUAGAGGAUCUUGAAGGUGCUAAGAGAGCAGGUGAGAUCUUUGGCUAUCCUCUUAUGAUUAAGAGUAGGAAAUUAGCUUAUGAUGGGCGUGGAAAUGCUGUUGCUAAAAGUGAAGCGGAGCUCCCUUCUGCUAUAAAUGUUGCAGCUCUUGGUGGUUUUGGUCGUGGUCUGUAUGUGGAGAAAUGGGCACCUUUUGUUAAGGAGUUAGCUGUUAUUGUGGCAAGAGGAAGAGACAAUUCGAUCUCAUGCUACCCAGUUGUUGAAACCAUUCACAGGGACAACAUAUGUCACAUAGUUAAGGCUCCUGCUAAUGUGAAAUGGCAGAUUAGGGAACGUGCGACUGAAGUUGCUCGCAAGGCUGUUAACUCUCUGGAAGGCGCUGGUGUUUUUGCAGUUGAAUUGUUCUUGACAAGUGAUGGAGUGAUUUUAUUAAAUGAAGUUGCGCCUAGACCUCACAAUAGCGGGCACCACACAAUUGAGUCUUGCUACACCUCACAAUUUGAGCAGCAUUUACGGGCUGUUGUUGGCCUUCCUCUUGGUGAUACAUCAAUGAAAACUCCAGCUGCUGUCAUGUAUAAUGUUCUAGGUGAAGAAGAGGGCGAGCCUGGUUUCCAUUUAGCUCAUCAAUUGAUUGAAAGGGCGUUGACUAUUCCUAGGGCUACUGUUCAUUGGUAUGAUAAACCAGAAAUGAGAAGGCAAAGAAAGAUGGGACAUAUAACCAUUGUGGGGCCUUCCCUCAGCAAUAUUGAAAGAAAUCUUGCCAUAAUGGUUGAAGGAAAGAGAUUAGAUGGCAACACUGCAGUUGCUCCACGAGUGGGUAUCGUAAUGGGCUCCGAUUCAGAUCUGCCUGUCAUGAAGAGUGCUGCUGAAAUACUGGAAAGCUACGGUGUGCCUCAUGAGGUAAGAAUUGUUUCAGCACAUCGAACCCCUGAAAUGAUGUUUUCGUAUGCUUCCUCUGCAUAUGAGAGAGGCAUACAGGUUAUUAUUGCUGGUGCCGGUGGUGCGGCUCACCUGCCAGGAAUGGUAGCUGCUCUUACUCCCCUGCCUGUUAUUGGUGUUCCUGUUCGUGCUUCAUCCCUUGAUGGGCUUGAUUCACUCUUGUCAAUUGUUCAGAUGCCGCGGGGGGUUCCCGUCGCCACAGUCGCAAUAAAUAACGCAACUAAUGCUGGGUUGCUGGCCGUUAGGAUGCUAGGUGUUGCUGAUGAUAGUCUUUUGUCGAGGAUGAGUCAAUAUCAAGAGGACCAGAAAGAAACUGUGCUGAGGAAAGCUGCGAAGUUAGAAAAAGAUGGCUGGGAAUCCUACUCAAGCAGCGGUUAGUUGCGACCCCCAGGGUGGCCGAAAGUUUUGUACAAGUAGGGAGGCUUACUUAACAAAAACAAGGAACUUUCCAGACCCGAAAAGAUGGAGAUAAUGAAUUUGUAGAUAGGUGGUCGGAAUGAUUAAGAAUUUAUUUAGGCGUUGGAGCCUGGGGCGAUGUGGCCCCAUUGUUGUAUUUGAUUGAGAUGAUUCUUUUGAUUAUUGAAAAGUGAUGAAUUUGUUAAUGGAGUAAUGAUUCGAGUUUUAA